CAAAAUCCGAUGUAGGCAUAUACAGAAAUGGAUAAACUAAAUUCGGCCAAAGUAAAGAAAGCAACAGAAUUUCUUGAAAAAUGGAAGAAAUUUCAGGAAGAGAAAGAUCAAAAGAGACAGACUCUUUCAACAAAGUCGACACCACAGGAUGACAAUGAAAAGAAGAAAGCAGGAAAGAAGGUUGUGGCAUCACGAUAUCUUAGUCACAGAUCAGAGUCCAACAUACCAAAGGAGCCUGCAGCUCCAGCCAAAGUGUCAAAGGUCCAGAAACGAAUAUCUAUCUUACCUCAGAAACAAACUAUUGGAACACCUAUGAGCAUUAAAUUAGAGCGAUGGAAAAAGAAGAAAGAAAAUGAGAAGGAGAACCAGGCUACCCUGAGUAGUGUGAGAAAAAAGACACAGACCCCAUUCAAAGCUGCUCAGAAAUAUACUCAUGUGAAAUCCAAGUUCAUGACUGCAAGUACUCAGAAGACUGUUCAGAGAGGGGUCGACAAAAAGACAGGGAAAGAAACUGUGAAAAAAGUUUUGACAUCAACCCUGAAAUCUGUCUCCAUAAAGACAGUACCCUCACAUGUCACAAAGGCCUCAUCUCAAGUUAGGAGAAAUGCAUCAACAAAAACUUCUGAUGUUAAGAAAAAUAUUGCAGUGUCCUCAUCAAUAAAAUACAAAUCAAGCCAUUUUCAGUUCAAGGUUGGUGAAUCUGAAACAAGAAAGUUGAAAAGAAGACAUUCGGACUUGGAAUCACGAACUACAAAAGCCACACGGAGCAUUCUGAAAAGGAAAUCUUGUCUUCCUAGCUUGUCUGAUGAAGCAUUAUUACCAGAUUCACAGACUCCCAAAACACCAGGUCACAAUGUUAGGUUUGUCUCCCCUGUCAAACAAAAACCAGAUACCCAGCCCUGUAAGAAAACUCCAGUCCCACGUCAGCAUAGAUCUAUGAGAACAGAGCUGGAGGAAUGGCUGAAGAAGAAAGGAAAGACCCCCAGUGGAUUCCGACAUCUGCGGUGCUUUGAUGCCUCACUAUCAGCCAAGAAAAAGUCUUCAGAUCAGCACAGUAACCAAGAAAAGACAGAGGAGGAGGAAAUUAAGAAACCUAGAUCAUCAGUAGUGCUAAACCUUGAGGACCAGUUUAAUGCUGAGGAAUCCAUGAACAGAGAGGACACUAUUGUAGAGGACCUAGACUCCAUGUUAGAGGAGUGUACCACACUGUAUGAGGCUGGUUGUCCUCUUGAGGACACAAUGAAAUGGUUGGAUUCUAUUGAGGAGAACAUCACCUUAGCUUCAUCAUCUGCCAGGUUCUACAUCUGUAAAGCCAAGAUCCUCAAGAGCACCAACAACCUGGAAGAGGUCCUCCAUGUGUUUGAAACGGCAGUCAAAAAUUGUGCCCAACCAGCCGAAGACUUGGCCAGGUCUUUGACUGAGAUUAUAACAGAAAUCAGUCUUGAGCGCGAAAGGAAGGCUCGCUUAAAAAGUGCACUCGACAAGGCAGUGGAAAACGGAAAUGUGUUUGAAUCCAGCGCAAUUAAAUAUUGUGUCAGACAACUAACUCCACAUAAACACAGAAAAAGACAAUCAGGUGGUUUUGAUGACUAUUCACCUUUGCCUUGUAAAGUGGUGACUCCAGUUCGUAGGUCCACUCGCCGCAGCCUUAGUGGUUUACCAGAACAACUCCAAGACAAAGCCCCUGUUUACACCGCUCUGGAGGACAUUCCAUCUCCAGAGAGAAAAGGCACUUUGUUUCAAUCAAAUUCAGCCCUAGACAAGAUUCUGGAUGAUAGUCUGUAGUAUUAUUGUAUUUCAUGUCCACAUACGUGUUCCUUGUCUUUUGUACUGAACAUUAGGGCAUCAGCAAUUUGUAACACACACACACACCCUCGCACACACACACACACACACACUCACCCCCACACUCACACCUCCAUCUGCCAUCCCUCAUAAUUUUUUAAAUGGUGAUUGUUCAGUUAUAAAGAUUCACAGUAAUUAAGUUACUAUAAGAGAUACUUAUUUGGGUCAUUCACAUCACUGCUUUGUCUGAUGUAAAACAUGCUGUGCUUAUUAAUAUAUUGUGCUAUGGAAUUUGGAUGUUAAAAUAGAAUUACUUUUAAUCAACUUACAGUAAAACAAGUUUACAGCAAAGUGCCAGGGACAAGAAAUUUUGAUUCAUCAUAAAUUUUAUUCAUUAUAUCUUUAAAUUCACAAUAGGUUUUAAAAAAAAUAAGGGGAAUGAACAGCACAUCGCUAUAAGCAUGAUUUGAAUAUAAGCAUGUUUGCUGUAAUUAUG